CAUUCCAAGUAAGAACGAAAGAGACGGUAAAUAAAAUAAGGCGGAGCUAUUCACGUUUUUCAUAAUCGAUCAUCAUCGAACGCAGCUAAAUCGAGCGUACUGCGUGUAUCCGAACGGCGCAGCUGUCAGGUUGGCAACAUUGAAAAAAGAAAAACGUACUUGACUAACUUCAUUUCGAAGCGUGUGCGGCUUAUGUUUACGAUUUUAUUUCGUGUUCGAUUUUGUAUAAUUUAUAAUUUGGCAAAGAAAAGCAUAAUUGGUUGUAAAAAAUAUAUAAUAAGAUACCUUUUACAUAUAGUACAUAUUUUCAUAAUGAGUGAAGAUAAGGCAAAGUUAAAGGCUCUCGUCGCCGAGCGGGGAUAUAUCAAGGGGACUUUGUCACGGCUAAACAACUUUUGCCACGAUGCUGAUGCAAUGGCGGCUACCUCGCGUGAGGCCUUACGUGAAAAACGUCUUCGCAUGUCGGAGGCUUUUCAAGAAUAUAUGCAGUUAAACAAGGCGAUUUUAGUGCUGGCCGACGAGGACGCUGAAAAUUACGGCGAAUAUGAGGACAAAUAUUACGAGUCUGUUGGGCUGCUGGAUAAGGCCUGCUCGGGUCCGCAAACCGAGGCCAAACCGAAUGGCGGUGAGAAUUCUAACCCAGAGAAGCGUGCAUUGGCACUGGAAAACACCUCUGAGGAGAAGCAGCCAUCAUUUACUGCUAAGUCUACGCGAGCUCCUAAAGUCAGCGGGGUAGCGGCAGCAGAGAAGCCUCAGCCAGCAUGUCUUGCAGCGUGAAUCGCUGCCCCUCACGCCGUCUGGGCCGUUUUUAAUUAACACCUGCUUCGGAUAUGUUGUCGCCGGGACUCUACCAGUUUCAUCUGGCAAGAUUUAUUCUUCUAAUCACUGUAUUAAUAUUAAAGUAAGUGAACCCGUGCAUACAUACCUAUCAGGGCAGGCAGCAAAAACAAAUUUAAUAUCUGACUUGUCUGAACCUCGAAAUGAUAAUUCAUUAUUAAGACAAUGUGAGCAAGAUGCUUUAUUAUUUGAUUUAAAUAAUAAUAUUAAUAAUUUCUGGCAAUGUGAAAAGGUACCUAAUGUUUUCAAGGAGGGUUCAACAGAGUUUCAGUUAGCAGAGGAAUGCUUUAGGUCUUCUGUAAAGUUAAUUAACAAACGCUUUUCUGUGGCUUUGCCUCUUAAAUUAGAUUUGGAAAAUAUACAAUUAGGGGAUAGUUUCUCUUAUGCUCUGCAUAGAUUGUAUAAUUUAGAGAAACGUUUCGUGAAAGAUGACACAUUAUGUCAGCAAUACAAAAAAUUCAUACAAGAUUAUUUGGAUGAAAAUCAUGCCACUUAUUAUGACAUUAACAACUAUAAUUUAGAUGCAGGUAACAUAUAUUUCCUUCCACAUCACCCAGUAUUGAAUCCGAAUAGUAAAACGACUCCCGUGCGAGCCGUAUUUGACGCGAGCAUGAAAACGAAGCGCGGUUUAUGUUUAAAUGAUAUAAUGCUCAACGGAGAUGUUGUCCAAAGUGAAUUGUUUGAUAUAUUGGUGUUAUUAAGAACUUAUAGGUAUAUUUUACUAUGUGAUGUGAAAGCUAUGUACAGGCAAAUACUUGUUGAUGAACCAUUCUGUUGUUUGCAGAAUAUAUUAUGGCGGAAUUCUUGUAAUGAUCCAGUACAAUGUAUACAGUUAAAAACUGUUACAUAUGGUUUAAAAAGUUCGGCAUUUCUAGCUACUCGCUGUUUGAUGGAACUAGCUAAUAAUUUCGAAAAUGAAUAUCCAUUAGCAUCCUUUGUUUUAAAACAUUCUAGUUACAUGGAUGAUAUUCAAUGUGGUAGCCAGGAUAUUUCUGAGUUAUGUCGUAUCAAGGACGAAUUAGUUAAACUUAUGAGCGAGGCGAGUUUCUCCCUGCAUAAGUGGUUUUCAAACUGUCCAGAAAUAUUGAAAGAUAUUCCAUUAGAAUUGCAAUAUUUAGGUAAUCGUGAUUUAAAGGAAAAUGGUAAUGUAUGUAUGAAAACUCUAGGUUUAUCCUAUGAUGUGUCUACUGAUGCCUUAUCUAUGCGUUGUCCUCAAGCUGAGAUCCUUGAGAGAUACACCAAGAGACAAGUUCUCAGCUUUAUAAGCCAAUUUUUUGAUCCGUUAGGUCUGAUAGGUCCAGUGAUAGUGCAAGCUAAGCACUUCAUGCAAAAGGUGUGGUUUUUAGAUCUAAAAUGGGAUGAUUAUUUACCUGAUACCCUAAAUACGGAAUGGGUCGACUUUGCUACUGCUUUGGUAAAAAUGUCUUCUAUUGAUGUACCUAGAAAUAUUAAUGUGUUUUCCUCGCAAUCGUUGGAGUUAGUAGGUUAUACUGACGCUUCUGAUAUUGCAUACGGGUGCUGCUUGUAUAUAAGAGUUGUUGAUGACAACAAAAAUGUUAAAGUUAACCUAUUGUGUUCUAAAUCUCGUAUAAAUCCGAAAAAUAAGAAACUUACUACACCUAGGCUAGAAUUAAACGGUGCUUUAUUAUUGUCUAUGUUGGCUAAGAAAGUAUAUGACGUUUUAAGUCUAAAAUAUAAUGUAAAAACCUUUCUUUAUUCUGAUUCCCAGAUUGUACUUGCGUGGGUGGGUACUGAGCCUGAAAAAUUGGGUGUUUAUGUUCACAAUAGAGUGAAACAAAUACAAAAAUUUACUUCAAAUUUUCAGUGGCAUUAUGUAUGUACCAGUGAAAAUCCUGCGGAUUGUUUAUCUAGGGGCUUAUCACCUCAGUCACUCAAGUCCAAGUUGGGAGAAUUAUGGUUUAAUGGACCAGAAUAUUUACAUAGUUAUGAUUAUGUACAUUCAGAUGGUAAAGGUAAAAGUCAAGUAAUUACUAUUACAGAACUAAAAGUAGAAAAAGAAACAUGUAAUUUGUGUAAUAUCAAAAAUUCUAUGUAUGAUGUGUUAGAUAAAUCUUCUGACCUUGAAAAGCUAACCAGGAUUAUGUGUUAUGUAAACCGAUUUAUUUAUAAUUGCAAUGCAAAAAAUGUAAACAAGAAAAAGGGUAAUUUAUGUCCUGAAGAACUAAAUUCUGCCUUGCUUUCUAUUAUCAAACUCGACCAAGAGAAGCAUUUUAUGCAAGAGAUAAAGUCUUUAAAGUCAAAUAAUGUUUUAAAGUCCAAUUUAAAUAAUUUAAAUCCUUUCUUAGAUUCUGAAGGCUUACUAAGAGUGGGAGGGCGUUUACAAAACGCAGACCUGACUUUCAGUCAGCGUCAUCCUAUUAUCUUGCCAAAACAGUCUAAUAUUACUAGACUGCUCAUUCUAAAAGAACAUUUACGAUUGAAACAUGCUGGGCAGAAAUUAAUUCUCAAUAGUUUGAAUGAACAUUACUGGCUCCUUAAUGCUAAUAGGGAGAUAAAGUCUGUAUUACAUAAAUGUUUAAUUUGCUUUAAACUUAAAGCUAAGGCUGCUUCACAGCUCAUGGGCUCUUUGCCAUUGGAUAGGGUGCGUAUGUCUCGUCCAUUUCAAAUUGUGGGCACAGACUAUGCUGGACCCUUCUAUGUAAAACAGACUAGGGUUAGAAAUCCUUAUGUUGUCAUUUUUGUGUGUUUUACUACUAAAGCUAUCCAUAUAGAAUUAGCUUCCGAUAUGACGACUGAAACAUUUUUAGCUUGUUUGAGAAGAUUUAUUUUUAGAAGAAAUAAGCCCUCUAAGAUUUACUGUGACAAUGGAUCAUAUUUUAGGGGAGCUAAUAAUGUUUUAAAAGACUUAUAUAAUAUGCAGUCUUCCACAAAACACCAAAACGAUGUUAUAAAUUAUUGUAACAGUGAAAGGAUUCAAUUCCAUUUUAUUCCCUCUUAUUCUCCGAUAUUUGGUGGUUUGUGGGAAGCUGGCGUGAAGAGUAUUAAAUAUCACUUGAAAAGAGUAAUUUCAGAUACUGUUUUGACAUUUGAAGAAUUGUACACAGUCUUAGUACAAAUAGAAGGAAUAUUGAAUUCUCGUCCUCUUACUGCUAUGUCUAGAGAUCAAAGUGAUAUGUCUUACUUAACGCCUGCGCAUUUUUUAACUGGAUCACCUAUUACUUCAUAUCCAGAAUUAAACCUAGUUGAUACU